AUGGCCACAAUCUAUGUGAAGAGAAAAAUCGACGCGGCAGAUGGGACAGGCUAUGGGUUGAUGGUUCCUGACGAGGUCGUUGAUCAUUGUCAUGGCGCACUUACUACCAAACAUGUGUCCACAGGGAAAGAUACGAGCUCUAUGCGAAAGAUGAGACAUUUCUGGAUCUUGUCAAAAGGCCCGACUGCGGACACCGGUGAAACCACUUUUCGUUCCAUCAUUAACAACUUCUGGCCUAGCUUUAAGCAAGAGGUCGAAAGCGAUGAACGAAACAUUCGACCUCAUGCACUGCGGUGCGUUCUCUGCGCAGAGCUCCUGCUCACCCAGCCAGGCCAGGUCCGGUAUGAUGGGCACUGUCCUUGGAUCCUCCCUUGUGGACACAUGCUGGGCUACAGCUGUUUGCAGAACAUGGCACAGGGAAUUUGGGGUUUCUUUGACAAGAGUCUGGACUUGUCAUGUCCCAUCUGCCAUGCUGACAUUCCACUCCAAGGAUGUGGCUGCAAAGCUAUGGGAAUGCAAGCUCCUCUCGACAAGGAAUUCUUUUCCACUGUCUCCCCAGUUUCGGCUGAAUGUGGCCUCACAGCUACAAGUUGCGGAAUCUGUCAAGGUAAGUCAGCCCUCCAGGAACUCCGCGAAGUCGCAGCUCUAGAUCCUCCCAUCCUCGGACGAGGAGAGACAAUGAAUCUAAGUCUUACCGUAGAGCCCUCGUACCUUGGUAUUGUCUACCAGAAAGACCAAUACCAGUUGGUCAGCCCCGGUGACAAUCGAGCCAGGAGGCAGAAGAUGAUGAUGGAUUGGGAGGUUCCAAAAUAUGUGAGGGAUCUUUGGGAGGAUUAUGUCAAGACAUGGUCUGAGCAGCAGCGGCUAUGGAUCUUUCCUCACCCCGGCUUCUUUACCCUUUGUGCCUCUGUGGAGAAAAAGGGAGAGAAGAAAGAAGGAGAGGAGGAAGAGGAAGAGAUGGGAUUAUUGGACAGAAUUAGGGGUAUGUGUAUGGACACAGACACAGAACAAACAGUUUUCCUCAAAUAUCUCACAGUUGAGUUGUAUUCACCCCCACAGGAGGCUACCCAGAACUAA